AUGUCCCGGCAGCCAAAGCUUCGGCCAAAGUCACACAUCCCGGGCUUUCCAGAUGCCAUUUAUGAUCUGUCGGCGGGGACAGCAAUCUACGAUUUCGGCACUGUCCAUGGGCCGGUAGAGGAGAAGAGAGAGCAGCGUGUUUUUCGAGUCAAGCGUAAGCAUGUGCUCAAAGCCUGUGAUCGGUGCAGAGUGAAGAAGACCAAGUGUGAUGGCAAGCAACCAUGCAAUCGAUGUUCCACCUACAAUCACCCUUGCUUGUUUCGAGAAAGAAAGGCAACCCAGACGAAAGUCUACUCUCGGGGAUUCGUUGAAAUGCUCGAGUCACACCACCUGCUCGUGGUCAAAGCGUUGCAGAAGCUCUACAGACACUGUGUCAACAAUGAAGGGUUUCCCGGGGAGCCUCUGGUGGAAGUCGCCGACGGCCAUCCGCUCACACAUGCGAUUCUGGACCGUCUGGGACUGAUAAAACAAGCCGAGGAGAGCCCUGACGAGCCUGAAGAUGAUACAGAGGACAUCCGAUAUCUGCGUCUAUUGUCUACUUCGUCGAGCGAAACCAGCGGAACAGCCGACGCCUCCCCUGAGCCGUCGGCGCCCACUACUGACCCAUCUCCCAGCAUCCACCCCUGCCAGCCGAUGAGCUCAUCUGUUGACAGGAUACACUCGUGGGACUGGGGGCUGGUGACUGUGAACAGUGAGCAUUGCUAUCAUGACCACCAGGAGCCUCAUUACCGUCACAUGCUGUUCCAGCAGCACAAGCCGACCCUGGAGUCUGCGCCUCCUCCUCCUCCUCCUCCUCCUCCAACGGCGGCAGACAUGGCCUCUCCUCCCGAGCCGGCCGCGUCUUCCCUUCCCAGCCAUGAUCCAGCAUAUCUAUACUCUUUGAAUCCUGAAAGUAACGAGUCGCCUUUCAGACACCAUCCUCCUCGGCUUCCAUUUGAAGCAAUGGUGCUGCCCACCCCUACUUCACCGGUAGGCAUGUUGACCGACUACCAAUCUCAUUCGUUACAACACUAUCACCAUCACCACCAUCACCAACAACCACAACAACAUACAUUCUAUACUUCCUCUAUCGACGAUGGAACAGGCUGGGACUAUGCGGUCAUCUAG